AUGGGUAACAGCAUCGGUUGUGUGCCCUGCUUGCCAUCAUGCUUAAUAGAAGCCCUAUGUUUUACUCCGCCAUCCCGCCCGGCCGCCUCCAUGGCUCUCGGCGAGUGUCUGCCCUUUGUGUCCGCCUGGGAUUCUCAAUCCGAAGUCAGCCCAAGCUCUGGCUCCGAGCGAGUUCUGCGCUCACGUGUGAGGCUCGAACAGCAGGAAACUUCAGGAAGUAUUGCAGUAGCAGAAGCAUCUGUCCUGCUGAUCUAUCUGGACCUCGGUCAGCCAAUAGCCAUUGUACGCAGUGAGCCAGCAGCAGCUGAGGCAGUCGAUGCUGAUGUUGAGCUGAAGCGGCGCCUGGACUGUUUUCUGGGACGCUGCCCAGCACGGCGUACGCUCUAUAAUCCUAGCGGCACAUUUGAGGACAUACCAGAGAGUGAGCAUGUACCUGAGGAGUCAGUGAGGCCAGAGCCAGCGAAAUGGGAGCGGCUACAAUUGCCUCGCAUGGAGGCACUCAAGUCAUUCCCUUUACUCAGGCAGAAGCUAUUUGUGGAGAAUGUGCAGCGCCUCAAUGCGGCGUCCUUUGAGCAGCAAACGCCGCGGCAGCUCAAGGAGCCCAUCGACCUGACCCACCUGCCCGACGAGAAGCAACGCACCCACAACUGCCGCGAGCACAAGGCGCUGGUACAGCAAAUCCAAGAGCAGGAGCUGGAGCAGGAGCAGCACUUGCUCUGCUAUGACUUUCUCAGCUCCCUGAGCCCGGACACGCCCCUUGUCAUGUGCCACCCCCUUGCGCUCGGCUAUCGCCAGCAGAGCUUCGACGACUGCAAGGCAGAGCUGGCCAAGUCGCUGUUCGGGCUGGUCAACCACGUGGUCUUCUACUGUGGCCUGCGCCAGUGCAUCGACUGGCUGCCGCCCAGAAAGCUGCAUGGCAGCUGUGCCCUGAGCCUUGGAAGCGAUCUGCAGCGCCAAGCACGAGUCCAGCUCCCCUCGCACAUACGGAAAGCCGGAGAGCUGAUCGAGCUGCUGCUGCACGAGAUGUGCCAUGCAGCCGCCUUCGUCUACAAUGGGGAGAUGGCGCACGGCCUCAACACGCGCAAGUGGGCCUAUCGCGCCAAGUCCUUGCUGCCGCAGCUGCCGCUCGUCGCCGACUGCGCUGCCAGCUGCAGGUACACCUGCCGCCUGUGCCGGCGCAGCGCCUGUGGCGACAUUCGUUUCCGGGGCAAGCAGCAGCUCCUCUUGCGCUGCUUUCACUGCCAGUUCGAGCUGAUCGUUGACGAAUGCAGCGGGGACAGCGCGCACGAGCCGAGGCCUGCGGCUCAGUCUGACACGUCCUAUAUGAUCUACAUACGCGCUCGCUACGCGCAGUGUGACCAGAGCGGACACAGCUCCAAAAUGCGGGCACUCAAUGCACAGUAUUCCCGCACGCAGAUGGGUUCAAAAAAUACUUGAGUCACAUA